GUCGGCGCCAGUUCGGUCCAGUUGUCGCUUCAGCCGGAUUCCACCGGCACCACUAACAGUGGCGGUUCGGGAGGUCUACCGAGGCAGUGCGGUGGACAGAGAGCUCCGGUAGUCAUGGCAAUGUAGUGAACUAUGUUAGCCCUGUCAGAGGCAGUGCGGCGGCGGCCCGAUGUGACAGAGGUUCUGCGGUGAACGGGGAGCAUUGGGGAGUCCAGUGCGCCGGACAGUACCAGGGCAGUGUCCAGGUGCCGGGGGGCAGUGAUUGGACAAAGCGAAACUGGUGGCGACUGGUGUCCCCCCUGCCGACCCGUCCCAGUGUCCUGUCGGCGGCGAUGCGGCGGCGCUGGGUGGACGGAGCGGCGCCGGCGGUGCCAUGAGCGCCGAUAGCCGCUCUCAGCUCCAGCUCCAGCCCGCCGUCGACUCGUACCGCCAGCGCAAGAAGAGCGACUCGCUCAGCGGAUUGUCACUGCGCUUCGACGCCAGCUUUGGUAGUGGCGCAGUACGCCCGCUUACGUGCCGUUACGGACUCAGUCGAGGUUCUUCUCAACAGGAAGCACCAUCGCAGCCACCGUCAGCGCCGAGUACUUCGGACUCUUCUUUCGCGAAGUCUCCGCUCGGACUGGCUUCCAGUUCUUACGACAACUGGGACAUCGUGCGCGUCGCUGAGCACCGCUUCACUCGCAAAGAGGCGACGGGACACGCUCUGGACGACGCUCGCCAUGCACUCAGCGAGACGUUUACAUUCGGCUCCCGUCAGGUAGCGCCAGCGGUACCCUCUCUGACAGAUUCAUGGCACCGUUCUCCGACCAGCACCAGCCACCAAGACACCGCUGCCACUGACGGGAUGCGUCGCGCGACUGGUGACCGAAAGCUGCGUCCGACGCGACCUCAUGGCCCACCAAGUGCCAUGAUGAUCCGUGGUCAUGCUGUUGGGCCACAGGUCGCGGCGCGCAAUCCUUUCGACAAACAGCCGGCUGACUCCGGUCGUCACGGCGCGGUCGAAGAUGGGGCCAAUCGCGAAGUGCUCAAACUCUCCCAGGAAGAGCGUGAGCGACAGCGCAUCAGAGCCACUAUGGCCAGUAUGCGGACUGAGAUGAUGGGGACUGGAGCCACGGAUGAUCCGUCGCUCGGUACUCGCUCCUCGGGGCUGAUAGAGGAGGCAGCGAGCCGCGGAGCACGCAUCCGACAAUCGCGCGAGCUGCGCAUCACGGGAGGUGUACAGUCCACCAGCGAUACGUGGGGGCCGCGUCAGCCAGCGCCACCGAGGCGCGGCAGUGCGAUGCAGGGCCCGCCCCCGGUCCCCUCACACGAGCUGUUUGCGCGCACCGAGACCCGCGCGGUGCGUCCGGCGGCUUCUGCCCAGCCGGUCACCCAAAGUGCCUUAGGGUUUGACACGUGGACGGUGAGACGCUCCUCGCUGACGUUCGGUGGGGAGCAGCAGUCGGAGUCGGCCCCUCCGGCACCACAGAACGAUCAGCGCCACAUGUUCGGCGACCUGGAAAUUGUUGACGACGAUACGAUGGGGGAACUCGUGUCCGACUUCGCGACAAUGGGCGGCAAGGGGUCGGUAGCGGCUCGGUCACCAGUGAAGGGAACACCCAUCACAGAGCAGGAGGGGUGCAAGCUGAAAGAGCUCAUGCUGGGUUCCACGGCAAUGAGCUUCAGCCCGGAAUGGACAAAGCAGAACUUGUCAUUCAACAAGACAGAAAACAUCACAUACGGAAUUGUCCAAUAUAAGGGCGGUCCGUGCGGCGUGCUGGCCGUGCUGCAGGCGUACGUGAUGAAGGUGCUGCUGUUCGGCUCCCAGCUGUGCUCCGUACCGCCAGCCUCGGACGCCCACCGGCCCUCCAGCGACGAGCAGGGCGCCGCCCUGACCGCCGCCAUCACAGAGAUCCUGUGGAAGUGCGGACACGGCGAGGCCACUGUUGCACUGUCGUCGGGUCGGAGUCAGUUCCCGGGCGGCGGCCGGUACCGGGCGGACGGUAUCACGGAGACGCUGCAGCUGCACCGAGUAUCGGCCGUGGCGCCGCUGCUGGCCUACGUGCGCGACCAGCGGCGCCAGUUCGCCGCCGACGCCGGCUGUGUGCUGCUCACCUACUCAGCCGUGCUCUCACGCGGCAUCGACAGCGUUAAACGGGACAUGGACGUGGCCACCAAUACGGUGAUCGGUCGGCACGGCUACUGCACCCAGGAGCUGGUGAACCUGCUGCUCACCGGCACCGCCUCGUCCAACGUGUUCGACGGCACCGUCCGGCUCGGCGAGGGUGCCGACGUCACCGUCCUGCGCGGCGUCGACCAGCGCAGCGAGAUCGGCCUCCUCUCGCUCUUCGAGCACUACAAGUCCUGCGAGGUGGGCUCCCACCUGAAGUCGCCGCAGCUGCCGAUCUGGGUGAUACUCAGCGAGUCCCACUUUACGUGCCUUUUCUCCGGCGACCGACGGCUGUGUCAGCAGCCGCCCGAGGCCGGCCGGUUCGACCUGUUCUACUACGACAUGCUGGCCAGGCAGGACGACGAGAUUCGGCUCACCGUAGAGUACGGCGGUGACCCGUCGGCCGAGCUGCCGGCAGUGCGGCCCGGUGAGCUGGUGCCCCCGCUGGAGCACUGCCUGCGCACCCGCUGGCCGGCUGCUAAGGUCAGCUGGAACGGCUACGAGCCCAUCCUGUGAGCCGGCCGGCCGGCCCGCCUCGCCUCUGACCUGCGGAUCGCUGUCCCGUGCCUCACGCCCAGACCGGUAUGGUGCCAGUGGACACAGUUUUCUGCACUCGUUUGAAUGUGCUGCUGUUCGGGUGGCCUUCGAAUGCCAUCCUGAUGUAACACACGUUGGGGAUCACGUGGCUGGCAUUGGCCACUAUGUCCCGUAUGAUCUGUACAAUCUCUAUUACCGCUGUUUACAGUGGUUGCAAGUGAAUCAUCGAAGGUGCUAGAACCGCUCACUCUUCUAGUCUUAAUCUGUCGAUAUGAAUAGUCAUGUCAUUCGCGACUCUACUGUAAUUCUAUCGAUCCCUUAGUAGACGAACUCUGAAGCCGCGCUCUAGUCUAUCCCGGGCCUCUUCUCCCGGGGCGCCACAGUCAUCGUUUUGAUAAUGACGUUACUUCGUUCAUGGUGCUUAUUGUAACAACUGGGUAUAGGUUUUUCUACUGGAACAAGAUACCAAGCCAAAGA